GGGUAGCCGGUCUCCGUCCGAUCUGACAGCAGAAAACAUUUUUCAGACAACGAGGAAAUGCCUCUUGUUUUGGUCGCUGAUAUAAACUACACCUUGACUGAUUUAAAAUACAUUACUGCAGAACUCAGGUAGGGUAUUGUACUAAAAAAAGUGAUUUGCUCCAAACCAAUAUAAUUAUCAGUGGCAUACCGGAAUGUGUACGUUUAUCAAAAAAUAGAGUAGGUUCUAUGUUACUUUUUUUGUUGUUGUUUUGCUUUUCAAGAAAGGUCUCUCACUUUUUGAUUGUUUGUUUUUAUGUGUAUUUGUAACCUAUGAAAACAUGUUUUUGUCACAGUAAAAUCUGGAAUGGCGUCUUAUUCCCAUACUUACUGUCUUAUUUAAGGCAUAUGCUGCACUAGAUUAUUCACACAACAAGAUAUAAAUUAAUCAGGGUUUAGAAAAUAGUUUUAUGGUAGGUCUUGCGUACGAGAAAAUAAAAGCUUUGCAACUGAUACCCCACAUAAUGAGAACGUUUGUGAAGUAGUACCAGACAGAUGCCGAUUACCUAUUUUUUUCCCUUGGGGGAUGAUCUGGACCAAUUAUUGUUGUUAUGUCAAACUAGAACAACUAAUUUACCCUAACCCACAACUUUAGAAGUAAUAUAACUUUUAACUUGUCCUCUUUUUAUUCACAGGAAACUACAUAAUCUCAUCACCCACAGAAUUGUGAAAAUAAUCAUGCAAUAAUGCUAACCUAAAACCAGUUAUGUAAUCACAUGUUUUAGCAGUUGUUGGAAUGUUAAAUUUGCCUUUGAUCUAAAAAAAAAAAAAAAAUAAGUUGAGAAUACUUGAAUGCUGCACAUCUGAUUCUGCGUUUACAUGCUUUAAAAUAAUCUGCUGGUGACUUUAAAUAGUUUAGUAGGUAGUAAUUGGUUAUGGCCUCUGGAAGCAGUUCUGAAGGUGAAUGUGGCAGCAAAAGGGAGUCUAGGAUUAAAAAUCCUCGAUUUAAACAGACAGAAAACAACCUGUUAAUUCAACUAUGCUUGCAAUACAAACAAAUAUUGUUUAAAUCAGGCCAUGGUGCUGCAGCCAAAAAGAAAAGACUCUGGCAAAAAAUAAGUAAUGAUGUUUCUGCAUUAGGGUUUCACAAAAGGCAAAGUAGAGAGUGCCAAAAACGCUGGUAUGAUAUACGUACAGCGAUUAAAAAUAAACAUUUUUCAUUAAACAUGAGACUUAAAAAUGCUGGAGAAGAAGCUGCUUGGUCACCAUUAACCUCUAUUGAAAAAGCUAUAUGCUCAACCUUUGACGUCAGUGGGGAAGAAAUCUCCAGAGGGGUAAGCAUAGCUGAACCAAAAAAAGCAAAACAAAUAUUUAUUCCAUCAUCUCACUUGUCCUUGCAUGAAAAUGAAGAGACAGUUAAGAACCAGUCUGAUGACAGCAAUGAAUCUUUUGCAGCCUGCACCACAGACUUACAUGUUGAAUAUGUACAAAUUGACAGUGAGGCUCAAACUACAAUGCCCAGAAAAGACAAAGAGGAUGAUGAGCUCCUAAAUCAGCAACAAACCACAUCAAUGACCGUGAGCUCUGAAUGGGAUCUGUCUACACAUGAAACUAAACCAAAUCUAGAAGCAUUUGGGGAAAUUACAUCAGACCAAUUGACAAAUCCUGCGGAAAAACUUACAUCAAUGCAGGCUGGUUUAAUUAAAGAAAUACAAGAUGUUAAAGAGCUCAUAACUGUACAUUCCUCAGCACAAAAUGCACAUCUGGAAACAAUAGCUUGCCAGUUAACCAGAAUUGCAAAUAUAAUGGACAAACGCAGUAUAUCGACAAACAAAGCAACUCAGACAUAGAGAACUGAGCUACCAUAGCGUGCAAGUUUAUCCACACAUCAAAAAGAAUUUGCGGCAGGAAAUGAUAAAGUGGUGAUUUAUGGAAUAAAUCAAGAGCAAGGUCUCGCAUUUAAGAGUAAACAUCUGCUGAGAUGACAUGAAAAGUGGUAGUGCCUGUGGGUGGAGAAUGUAAUUGAGGACAUUGAGAGGGAGAAUUUGAGUGUGAUUAAUUUAUUGGCCUGAACAGACUCGUUUUUUAUCGUAGCAUAAGGGUUUGAAUGUAUAACAAAUUAAUAAUAAAAAUUGAGUUUUUGAAUGCCUUUAUGUUUAGACCAUUGACCUUGAUUUUAUUCAUGUUGAGAAAAAAAUGAACCCACAGAUGAAAUAUGUUUAGUUUUCUGUAUUAAAUCAUUUUAUGGAAUCUAUGGCAGGGAUGGAAUUGGGAAGGAAAACUAAUAGAUAUUUUUAUUGCUACUUUGUAGGCCUAACCCAAGUCUAGAUGAAGUUAUUUUUAAGUUACAAGCCUCUGAAGAAUAGCAGGUAGGGUUUCAUUGGCCACACCCUAAUGUGACCUAUCAGGCUCCUAAAAUAUGACCAGGCAGCUGGCUCUUUGAGGUAAAAUAUAUAUAUAUAUAUAUACAGACGUGCUCAAAUUUGUUGGUACCCCUCCACAAAAAAUGAAGAAUGCACAAUUUUCUCUGAAAUAACUUGAAACUGACAAAAGUAAUUGGCAUCCACCAUUGUUUAUUCCAUAUUUAAUAGAAAUCAGACUUUGCUUUUGAUUUUUUAUUCAACAUAAUAUUGUAAAUAAUAAAACAAAUGAAAAUGGCAUGGACAAAAAUGAUGGGACCCCUAACCUAAUAUUUUGUUGCACAACCUUUAGAGGCAAUCACUGCAAUCAAACGUUUUCUGUAGCUCUCAAUGAGACUUCUGCACCUGUUAACAGGUAGUUUGGCCCACUCUUCCUGAGCAAACUGCUCCAGCUGUCUCAGGUUUGAUGGGUGCCUUCUCCAGACUGCAAGUUUCAGCUCUUUCCAUAGAUGUUCGAUAGGAUUCAGAUCAGGACUCAUAGAAGGCCACUUCAGAAUAGUCCAAUGUUUUGUUCUUAUCCAUUCUUGGGUGCUUUUAGCUGUGUGUUUUGGGUCAUUAUCCUGUUGGAGGACCCAUGACCUGCGACUGAGACAGAACUUUCUGACACUGGGCAGUACGUUUCGCUCCAGAAUGCCUUGAUAGUCUUGAGAUUUCAUUGGGCCCUGCACAGAUUCAAGGCACCCUGUACCAGGCGCAGCAAAGCAGCCCCAAAACAUAACCGAGCCUCCUCCAUGUUUCACUGUAGGUAUGGUGUUCUUUUCUUUGAAAGCUUCAUUUUUUCGUCUGUGAACAUAGAGCUGAUGUGACUUGCCAAAAAGCUCCAGUUUUGACUCAUCUGUCCAAAGGACAUUCUCCCAGAAGGAUUGUGGCUUGUCAAUAUGCAUUUUAGCAUAUUCCAGUCUGGCUUUUUUAUGUUUUUCUGUCAAAAGUGGAGUCCUCCUGGGUCUUCUUCCAUGGAGCCCACUUUCGCUCAAAAAGCGAUGGAUGGUGCGAUCAGAAACUGACGUACCUUCACCUUGGAGUUCAGCUUGUAUCUCUUUGGCAGUUAUCCUUGGUUCUUUUUCUACCAUUCGCACUAUCCUUCUGUUCAAUCUGGGGUCGAUUUUCCUCUUGCGGUCGCGCCCAGGGAGGUUGGCUACAGUUCCAUGGACCUUAAACUUCUUAAUAAUAUUUGCAACUGUUGUCACAGGAACAUCAAGCUGCUUGGAGAUGGUCUUGUAGCCUUUACCUUUACCAUGCUCGUCUAUUAUUUUCUUUCUGAUCUCCUCAGACAACUCUCUCCUUUGCUUUCUCUGGUCCAUGUUUAGUGUGGUGCACGCAAUGAUACCAAACAGCACAGUGACUACUUUUCUCCAUUUAAAUAGGCUGAAUGACUGAUUACAAGAUUGGAGACAUGUGUGAUACUAAUUAAAGAAACUAAUUAGUUUGAAAUAUCACUAUAAUCCAAUGAUUUAUUAUCUUUUCUAAGAGGUACCAACAAAUGUGUCCAGGCCAUUUUAGAAUAUCUUUGUAGAAAAAGCAAUAAUUCAUCUCUUUUCACAGCUUCUUUGCUUUAUUCUAUGACAUACCAAAGGCAUGCAAGUAUACAUGAUAAAAUAGCUUUUAAUUUCAUCACUUUUCAGGAGGAAUGAAGCAUUAUUUCAAUGAGCUGUAAGGGUACCAACAAAUCUGAGCACGUCUGUGUAUAUAUAUAUAUAUAUAUAUAUAUAUAUAUAUAUAUAUAUAUAUAUAUAUUCAUUUUGAUCACAUUCUAAAAUGGUACUAUGUAACUUUGUAUGACACUAGCAAGAAAUAAAGGAAGACCUUAGAUGUAAAAAUAUUUUUUGAAAUACAAAAAAAAAAAGUUCCUAACAGCUGAUACAAUGUUAUAAAAUGCUGUAGUUAGUGUGCUUCAAACUAUAAAAGGCAUAUUCUAUUUUACUGUAUUGUAAAACAUGUUUCAUUAUUUCAUUUGUAGUUGUAAGUCCAAAAACAAUAAAAAUAUUUUGUGUGCAUCUGUGUUAAAAAAAAACAAAACAUUAUGAUGUACU